AUGUCUAAAGGAGGUGGCAGCUGGACUGAUGCCGAGCGCUACCAGCUCAUGGCCAAGGCCUUCCAGCAGCUCGAAUCCAAGGGAGCCAAGCUUGACCUCCAGAAGCUCGCUAAUGAGAUGCCGGGCCGCACUCCCAAGGCCAUCUCGCACAUGAUUACCAACAUCCGCAAGGCGGCCAACAAGGGCGGCGCGCCUUCGACCCCGACCAAAGCUUCGGGUGGCCGUGCUAGGUCUACUGGUAAGGCAAUCUCGCGUACCAUGAGCCACAGGCCUGCUGAUGAUGUAUUAUUAUCUGCCACAGUUUCCUCCACCUCGUCGAAGCGUAAGGCUUCCCAGCUCUCCCAGAUGGAAUCCGCGGACGAGGCGGACGACGCAGACGGUGAUAUCGAGCCCGAAACCCCAAGCAAGAAGCUCAAAACCGAACCCACCGCUGCUGCUUCCAAGAAACCCAAGAACGGCAAGUCCCUCAUGCCACCCCCUCCUCGGCCAGCCAUCCCCGAGGCCGCCCCCGAGGCUGCCCGCGACGCUGUCCGCGAGACUGUCGUCGUCAACAGCGACGGCGGCGCAGGCGGCGACAAUAAGAACAACACCAACCAUGCCUCCAUGCCCACGGCGACGCUUGACCAGAUCUACGAUGUAAUCGCUAACGCGCAUUUCGCAGCAGAGGCAGCCGGUGGCGGCUACAGUGGCAUCAAGCAGGAGAGCGCGGUAGAGAUUGACGACGACGACGACACCGCCAAAGAGGAGGAGGAGUAUAAGAGCUAUGAUGAGGGAGUCAUCUAG